AUGCCCGUCGGACACAGAAUCCCAGUCGCUCUUCAGCAAGUUUUCUUGGCUUCCCAAGCCGGUGAAGAUGUCGCCACUAUCACAGCUCCCGAAUCUGGUGAUGCUUUCAAGAUGUACCAAAAGGAAUACCGAAAGCCCAUCAAGCCGCUCAAGAAGCAGGCUACUCCUUUGAGACGGCAACGCAUUGAUAUGCGUGAGUCAGCUGCCGAUGUCUACCGUAAGACUAACCCCAUCUCCAAGAAGACAGAAGUCAAGUUGUCAGAAGAAACUCCACAAGGUUUCUUGGAAGCUGAAUUUGAAAGAAGAGGCUACUCCACCAAGAAAUACGUCAGUUUGGAAGGUGGAUACUACGCUCGCCCUACUCUUCUGCAAAAGGCCAGUUUCGGUACCACUAUGAACCAAGCCAUCAUCACUUCCGAUGCCAGUCUACUCCGCCGUCUUUUGGACGUUGGUCUCUCUCCCAACCCUUGCAACGACUAUGGCGAAUCUCUUGUUCACAGAGUCUGUCGUCGUGGUGACCACAAGCUCCUCAGAAUCCUUCUCGAGAAAGGAUGCUGCUUGCAAAUCGCCGACGACUACGGCCGCACUCCUCUUCACGAUGCCUUCUGGAAGGCUGACCCAUCUGCCGAAGUCUUGAACCUCAUCUUGAGAGCCGACAAGGAUUUGAUCCGCCUCAUGGAUUGCCGCGGUUUCACUCCCUUGAACUAUGUUCGCAAGGAAGCUCAUGGCGAUAUGAUUGACUACCUCAAGUCGGUCAUGGAUGAAUUCUUCCCCGAUCGCACGGGAAAGGGUCCCGAACCAGCUCCUCCGCUUACCAAGAAGAAGCCAAACACCACCCCAGUUCCUGAUCCACGCAUGGCCUUGACUCCUCAAUCGGCCAUGUUGGUCGCCAGUGGAGAGAUCGAGCCCGAAGAUGCUUUGGACUGGGACGAUGACAGUUCCUACGAUUCGGAAUACGAUAGUGACGAUGAUAGUUACUCUGAUUCUGAUUCUGAAUUCGACCAAGAGGAGCUUGCUGAGUUGUGUUUGCGUGCUGGAGGUCCUAUUGCUGUUGCACAAAACUGCUUUGGAGAAUCCUGUAGGGUUACUUCCAGAUCGCACAAGCUCAACUAA